CGGGCGUUUAAACCCAUGUUUAUCUAGCUGUCAACGCCAAUGUGAACAACUUAUAGGGAUCUAGGUAACACAAUGAAGACAACGCUGUGAGCAGUAUACAAAUUAUUUUAUUACAUUAUAUUAUAUUACUAUCAGGCAACAUGAAAGUCGUAAGCCUAUUAAUUGGGACACCAAUCCUCGCUUAUACAGGUGUGACGUCACAUCUCCUGUAUCACCUCAAAUAUGCCCCGAAGAAGGCCCUGCCUGCGCCUAAUUGGGAUGUCAGCGAGAGUGAGAGAGAGACAGUGGUGAAAAACAGAGAAGAACUUCUCAAAGGCAUACAGGAAGUUUACGCCGCCACCGCCACUCUUGACAGCUUGAAACAUGUCAGUGAUGACGUCAUAUUUGAGGACCCCGUCGUGAAGUUUUACGGGAAACGCGAGAUGUCGUGCGUGAUUCCGAUCAUGAAGAAAUCGCUGACAGCUAGCUCAGGAACACAGACAAUAGAGAAAUUUCAGACCGUUCAUGGACAAAAUGAAAUGUACGUGGAUAUGUGCGUAAAAUUUACCCUGGGAAGCCGUAGCUUUACUUUGCCUUCAUUAGUGUCGAUUUUGCUGAGGAAAAAAGCAACGGGUGAAGGGGAGGAAGUGGUCCACAUGACAGAGGAAUAUCUAUGGAAACCGCUCCUGAACAGAGACAGUUCCCUCAUAUUGGGGGCAUGCCAUGCUGCUAUGAAAAGGCAAGAGGUCCUUGUGACACUGACAUCAGCAGCGGGGUAAUGUGGAUUAUUUGUUUUGAGGUUGGGGCGUAUGUAUAGGU